GAUUGCAGACCACCCUCGGCAAGAAAGCCAGACGAAAGGCGAGAAGACCGUGUCUGGGCUCCGUGUGGUGGUGUUUCGAAGGGUUUCGGGUAGCUGGUUUUGUAAUUGUCUGGGCAAUGUUGGCUGAGAGCUGUUAGGCAGCAUCAAAACAGUAUCAACGCCAAUAUAAUAAUCCAACGGUCCGUACAGACUAAGUGAGCCCUCCGGGUGACGCUGGCCCAAAAUUUCAGAAAGUUGAUCUUUUAUUUCAUACGAAGUUAGCUCAUGGCAGGGAAAUUCAACAAGAGAUUUUAUCGUGCAGACAGCUUGCACGAUCUGUUUUUGGAUAAGGGGAAAGAAGCAUCGGAAACCAACCAAUGGUUGUUUGAGGUCAGCCAUGAAGCAGCCAACAAGGUCGGCGGUAUCUACACUGUCAUCCGCUCCAAGUGCAACGUAACGGUAGAGGAAUGGGGCGACCAGUAUUGCCUGCUGGGGCCUUACAAGGAGCACCAAGCCCGCACCGAGAUCGAGCCUUUCGAGUACCCUGAUGGCACCAUCUUCCAUGCCGUGGUGUCAGCUCUCAGGGAAAAGGGAUGGAAGGUGGUCACCGGCCGCUGGCUAGUCGACGGCAAUCCUCAGAUUAUCUUGUUCGACGUCGGCUCAGCAGCGUGGAAGAUGAACGAAAUGAAGGAUGACCUCUGGAAUCUGGCUGGAGUUGGCAUCCCAAACUCGGACGUGGAGUGCAAUGACGCCGUCGUGUUCGGCUACAUGAUUGCCGAGUUUUUGGAACAGUUCCGCAACCGGCUGCCGGAGUUCAGCGAGGCCUCGCCGCGCGUGGUGGCCCACUUCCACGAGUGGCUGGCGGGCGUCGGUCUCAUCCUGGCCCGGCUGAGGAAGAUCGACGUCGCCACCGUCUUCACCACGCAUGCGACCCUGCUGGGGCGCUUCCUCUGCGCGGGCAAUACCGACUUCUACAACAACCUACCUUACUUCAACAUUGACGAAGAGGCUGGAAAGCGACAAAUCUACCAUCGCUACUGCAUGGAGCGGGCGGCCACGCACCUGGCGCACACGUUCACGACCGUGUCCGAGAUCACUGGCCUGGAGGCGGAGCAUCUGCUCAAGAGGAAGCCUGACAUUGUGACGCCUAACGGUCUGAACGUGAAGAAGUUCUCAGCUCUUCACGAGUUCCAGAACCUCCACGCUUUAAGCAAGGCGAAGAUCAAUGACUUCAUCCGCGGACACUUCUAUGGCCACUACGACUUCAAUCUAGACAAGACACUGUACUUCUUCAUUGCUGGUCGCUAUGAGUUCGGAAACAAGGGAGCCGAUAUUUUCAUCGAGGCCCUCUCUCGCCUCAACCACUAUUUGAAGAGUUCUGGUUCGGACGUGACGGUGGUCGCCUUCAUGAUUUUCCCAACCAAGACGAACAACUUCAACGUGGAGAGUUUGCGGGGACACGCCGUCACAAAGACCCUCAAGGACUCCAUAGAGGACAUACAGAAGAAGAUCGGCAGUCGCAUGUUUGAGAUCUGCCUGACCGGCCGGCUGCCGGAGAGCACGGAGCUCCUGACGCGAGAGGACAACGUGCGGCUGAAGCGGUGCAUCUACUCGAUGCAGCGCAGCAGUCUGCCGCCCAUCACGACGCACAACGUGGUCAGCGACGGCAACGACCCGGUGCUCAAUUCUCUCCGGAGGUGCCACCUGUUCAACGACAAGUCGGACAGGGUUAAGGUGGUGUUCCAUCCGGAGUUCCUGUCGCACACGAACCCACUGCUCGGCAUGGACUACGAGGAGUUUGUGCGCGGCUGCCACAUGGGCGUGUUUCCAUCCUACUACGAGCCGUGGGGCUACACGCCGGCCGAAUGCACCGUCAUGGGCAUCCCCUCCAUGACCACCAACCUGUCAGGCUUCGGCUGUUUCAUGUCGGAGCACAUCGCCGAUCCGAUGUCGUACGGCAUCUACAUUGUGGACCGGCGUAGCAUCGGCCUGGAGGACUCGAUCCGCGAGCUGUCAAAGUACAUGUACGACUUCACCCGCCUGAACCGGCGUCAGCGAAUCAUCCAGCGCAACCGCACGGAGCGCCUGAGCGAUCUGCUCGACUGGCGUAACCUCGGCAUCUACUACCGGCGGGCGCGGCAGAUGGCACUGCACGCCGUCUACCCGGAGAUGGCCGUGUCGGAGGAGAGCGGCGGCCACAUGAACUAUCCGCGCCCGCUCAGCGCGCCGCCCAGCCCCACCAUCUCGCGCUCCACCACGCCGGCGCCGUCUGAGAUCGGAUCCGACGACGAGGUCGACGACGAGGAGGAGCUGCAAGAGCUGGCCAUCAAAGACGACUGAUUGGCCAGUGGGCUCCGGGUAGCCACCGCUGACGGCCGGCCGGCGUCAGCGGGAAAGUCUGGUCGUGCGAGGGACGCCAACCGUGUGAAAGGAAGCAGAUGAUCUGGUCUCGGAGCUACAUGAGGGCUUGACCAUUCGACAUAGUACGGGAGCUGGUGCUGUAGGGUGCUGGUAGCGUAGAAUUGGGUUGUGCUCGCAGUAUCAUUUUGUUUCUUUCUGACGCACAGUAUUUUGUAAAGUCACAUGCUGCAGGUUUCUUUCUAGCUCUCAUCUGUGAAAUACUCAACUUCUCAUGGUACUUCCUGAAUCUUAGGGUUGUCGAACGGUGCAAUAUAUAGGAACUGGUUUCCUUUACCAACAGUAUAUCUCGUUUGCCAUGUGAUGAAAUCCGAAGUGACACGUGCAAUCCCGUUAGAGGCUCCCGAUUUCAGGUCCUUGCAGUGCCCGCUAGCAUGCUUUGUCCCUGCGCUGGUGUCGAUGUCAGUCUGUGGAUGGCUUAUUGGCACUGCUGUCGCUGUCGGACGCCAAGGACAAUCACCUUGCUGAACCGUUUAGGUCACACUGUCUGGUCCCCGUUCGUGCGUAAGGAUGACAGCAAUAGCGCAGCCUGUUGGCUUGUGGUCGGCACGUGUUUAUUUCUUAAAACCAUCGUAUUCGCCUGUUGACGAGUUGACCUUGCGACGGCGCAAUCUGUCGACCGUGCUUCCGUGGAAAAUUGUGACCGUGUGCUAACGCCAACCAGAUGAUAUCGAAGAUACCUCCUAGGUGGUGGGCCAUUUACAACUAACCCUCCGUAAACGCGUUCACAAGCCGUUGGGAAGGUUCUUGGAUGCAUGGUGAUCCCCGCUAACGAGUGCUGCCAUCGACGUAUUUGCGCGUACGAGCUCAGGUGUAACCCUGCAUUAUGGUGUCGGCGUAUGGGUGGUGGUGUUUGUGGUACAGCUCGGCUACCCAACUUAUUUGCGUUUAUUGUUGGCUGCCGAGUGCGGACCCGUGUGCGUGUGUUCGGCCUACGCCGUUGUGCAUGAAGGCCGACAACCUGCCAUAGAGUACUGCCGGCCUGGAUCGCUCCUUAUCGGGAGACCAGAGGUGGUGCUUCGCAGUAAGACUGGCCUAUCAUGUUAUGGGGACUAACUGCCAACAGCAGAUUUGCUGCAUUGUAGAAUUAACACUGUCGAACCUCUGUGUUUGCGUACCGUGCUUUGCGGGGUGUGAUGCCCUCAAACGAAUGGCUGUUGCAAUACAAAACAAACUAUAUC